UUGCAUCAUCUGCUCCAAGUCUCUUGUGUCUACCUCGGUCAGGUCUCUUGUGUCUACCUCGGUUAGGUCUCUUGUGUCUACCUCGGUUAGGUCUUGUGUUUAUCCCGAUCAGCUGUGUUUGGGAUAUGAAAGCUCUGCAGGUUUUCUGUGUACUUUUCCUCUAUGUGGCUUUAGUGACGUCCAACUCAAAAAUACUCCCUGAUGCUGGAAAAGAUGGAGUGAAACCAGAAGCAGUAUCAAGUACUCUUUGCUCCGUGUGUGAAGAUCUCCGAGAGAAAGUCCAAGCCUUGGAUGAACAACAAAAAGAACUGCAAACAGCAUUUUUAUUUUUCAAAGGAAGAGCUACAAGUGGUGACAGAAUCUACCUCUCAGAUGGUGACCAAGGAAAUUUCGAGAAUGCUAGAGAAAGGUGCACAAAGGCGGGAGGUCAAAUGGCCUCUCCAACGAAUGCUGAAGAAAACGAAGCCAUACUGUUCAUCACCAAUCAGUACGGUGUCGAUUCUUAUCUGGGAAUAAAUGAACUUGAGGGACUUGGGACUUACAGAUAUCCAGGCGGUGAGGUGAUCUCCUUCACCAACUGGAAAAAAAAUGAACCCAAUAAUUUUGAAGGCAGACCGGAGAAUUGUGUAUCGAUGCAAAAUACAGGAGAAUGGAAUGAUAUUGUUUGUGCAGCUACACGUCUUAUCAUCUGCGAGUUUUCCAUCACUAGAUUUUAAAAUAAUUACUUCCUUCGUCACUAUCGUUUGUAAGGGAGUUUUUUUUUUUUUUACUUUUGAGGUCCUAAAGAAGACAAAGAAAACAAAUGCAACCAUCACAUUUCAGCAGUUUAUUAGGCAUCAAUAAAACCUGCCUUCUGAUUUUGUAGUA